UGCACCACUGCGGCGCGGGAGGGGCGUGGUUGCCAUGGCGACAGGGCUGGGACGCCGAGGCCUAGCACAGAUCCCGGGCCCCGCGCUUCUUCUCCGCGGUUGCUGCUGAUUCCUCCGAUCCCCCCGGUUCCCUCCGGUUCCCCAGCACUCCUGGAGACCGCCGGGCCCGGGGACUACCGUGCCGGUCCGUCUCCAGCAGCCUGUCCCGGUAGGGCGUUCCCUCCCUCCCAGGCUUGGUGACCCAUCGCCCCCUGGCCUGGUGGCCCCGUUGUUCCCGGGCCGUGUCCCCCCCGCACCAUGGCGCACCUCCUGGGCCACCGCGGCUGCAUGGAGAGCCUGCAGGCCGACCUGCGGGACCUGCAGGCCGCCAUCGCCGACGUGUGCUCCCGGGCCGGCGCCGUGCGCUUUCCCUCCUGGAAGUUCCCCGACAAGCUGUCCUGCGAACUGGACAUUGCGGUGCUGCUGCAGCGCUACAGGCACAGCGACAGCGAGCCCGAGUUCAGCCAGCACGCACACGUGGUGCUGCUGGAGCUGCUCAUAGACAGGUGA